AUGGCAGAUGCCGCCAGAAAAGUCACAGUUUCACAAUCCCCUCAUGAUGAAGAUGACUUGCCUCUCCCCCCACCUCCUCCUGUGCCACCGAGACCCCUUGACUAUGAAGGGCCCUUAGCUCAAAGUAGCCUUCCAGUCCCUCCACCGAAAGAAACCUUCUCAAUGUUCUAUCAGCAGCGGCAGAAGACUGAACUGAAGAGGCUUUUCAAACACAUCCACCCAGACCUCCGGGCAAAUCUCGACGAUGCGGUGGACGAUGAGAUAAUGAAGGCAGUGCAGUCGCAAAACACUCAAGCAGGAGAUGCAGCCUAUCAGGGAGAAGUGCAGUCCAUGAGGUGGAUCUUUGAGAACUGGACUCUGGACAAUAUUGGAGAUCCUCAUGCAACUAAGAAGCUGCUGGAUAAUGAGGAGUUAAAGGGUGGAGAUGUCAGAAGCACCUCCUCAAUGUUUGAGCACAUCGACAGCACCCAACAAAUGUCUGCUCAAAGACAGACUUCUGUCAGAGGGGAUGUGAGAACAUCAACAUGGUUGUUUGAAACCCUGCCUUUAGAUUCCCUGAACAAAUCAAAAAGAGAAGAGAGCGAACUGGUUGAGGCAGUGCUAAAAGAACCCAUCCAGCCCGGAGAUGUAAGCGGGACUCGACUGCUGUUUGAGUCUAAAACACUGAGUGACUUGGGACGCUGUAAUUCCAUUGAAGACCACAGCUUCCUGAAACUGAGAUCUGAGCUUCAGGAGCAGAAAGGAGAUGUCCAGAAGACAGUGAAACUCUUCCAGACAGAACCUGGCUGUGCCAUCAGGGACAAUAGCGGUAAUAUCCAUGAGAUUAAAAAUAUCUGCAGGGAGGAGAUCAACAGUAGCAGCAUCAGCACUGCCCGGUGGCUUUUUGAAACUCAGCCUUUGGACCUGAUUAAUAAGGGAACUGAUGGAGUGAAAAUUAUUCGGGGUAUAUCUCUGGAGGAGGGGCACAGAGGAGGUGUUGACCGAAAGAGGUGGAUGUUUGAAACUCAGCCAUUUGACACGAUACAAGAGGUUGGGGGAGUGGACAAGUUUGAAGGAACUUCAGGGGAGGCUGAUGUCAGCAACAAAAGGAAGCUCUUUGAGAUGCAACCAUUGGCAAAAGUAAAAGGAGAUUCUGCAGAAAAGUCUGUGGAAAAGGAGGAAAUCAUUGGAGGAGAUGUCAAGACUUCUCUGUGGCUGUUUGAAACUCAGCCAGUGGAGACUCUUAGUGACAGCUAUGAAGUUGGGCACCUGAAGAAAAUUACCCUUUCAGCUGAAGAACAAGGAGAAGUAAAAGGCAAAAAAGAAAUAUUUGAGAGUUGCAGCAUUCAAAAGAACACCUCAUUUAGAGAGCAAGAGAUUGAAAAGGGUGAUGUUAAAGGAUUCAAACAACUUUUUGAAACAAUUCCUUUGAGCAAAAUUGCUCAUUCUGAUGAGGAGAUUACCAAGAAGGAAAACACUAUUACAGCUGGAGAUGUAAAAGGUAACAAAGCAAUGUUUGAGAUAACUCCUCUAUAUGCAAUAAAGGACAGCUCUGGAAACCUCCACAAGGUUACAACAGUCAGCCGAGAGGAAUUCGUCAAAGGGCAAGUCAAAAACUAUAAGUGGAUGUUUGAGACCAAGCCUUUGGACCAGUUGGCAGAAGGAAAAGAAAAUGUAGAAAUAAUCAAAGGUAUCACCAGACAGGAGGACAGCAUGGGUGAUGUCAAGAUGGCAAAGUGGCUUUUUGAAACCCAGACAAUUGAUGGGAUCCAUUCAAAGUUCAAUCAGACCGAGCAAAGUUCUUCAUUGGAGGAGGAGCAGCGUAAAGGUGACGUCAAGACUUGUAAAUGGUUAUUUGAGACACAACCAAUGGACAUUUUGUAUGACAAAUCUGAAAAAAUGAAAGAAAAAGAGGUGAUUGACAAUACCGAUGUCAAGUCUAUUACUUGGCUUUUUGAAUCACAGCCUCUCGACAGCAUCAAAGAUGGCGAUGAGUACAGUCUGAAGCUGUGCAGCACCACACAGGAUUCUGUCAAAUCAGAGGUCGGUGUUCAAACAGUCAAACAUCUUUUUGAAACAGAAACCUUGGAUAAAAUAAGCAGGGAUUCAAAAGUAGAACAAGAUCUAAGAUGCAUCAGUCAGGUCAAUUUUCAGUCAGGAGAUGUCUCGCGAGUCAAAGAACUAUUUGAAUCCCAAUCCCUUGAUGAAAUAGGAUUAGAAAUGAUGGCAACAUCAGCUGAGCAGAACCAAGAUGAACAGAUCGAAAAGGGUUCGGUCCAUAAAUUUACUUGGAUGUUUGAGAACUGUCCCAUGAACAAGAUCAAUGAGGACAAUGAGGAAACAAAUGUGGAGAGAAUUGGAGGUCUAGAGAGUGGUGAUGUACAAAACAAAAAGUUCAUAUUUGAAACCUCAUCACUGGACAAAAUCCAUGACGAACCACUUGAGCAUCAGUCAGUCUCUGUGGAACAACCUGCGAUCAAUGUCGACGUGAAGUCAAGCACGAUGAUGUUUGAGUCGCUGCCACUGUACGCCAUCAGAGACAAAGAGGGCCUGUUUCAUGAAGUCACAACUGUAAAGAAACAAGAGGUAAAGAGUGGUGACGUAAGAGGAGCAAGAUGGAUGUUUGAGACAAAACCACUCGAUGCUAUCAAGGCAGAGAAUGAAGUUUAUGUCAUCCGAGCGGUCACCCAAGAAGAUGUCAAGAAAGGAGAUGUUAAGUCAGCCAGAUGGAAGUUUGAGACACAACCUUUGGACUCCUUCACCAGCCGAGAAGAGCCCACUGUUACCGUCACUGAAGACUUUGGCAGCACCAAUGUGCAGCUGAAUAAACAGAUUUUUGAAUCUGAGCAGUCAAGCAAUAAGUUUGUGCGAAUGGUUAGCGUCACUGAUGUCCAGCGUGGUGAUGUCAGGACCUCCACAUGGCUCUUUGAGAAUCAGAGCAUUGGCAGUCUGAAAGGGGAACCUCAGGAGCAGAAUCCAGUGAAAACAGUCCACAGGGAAGACAACCAGAAGGGAGAUGUGAAACGCUGCACCUGGCUAUUUGAAUCGCAGCCUUUGGACAAGAUCAAAGACCCUGCAAAUACCUCAGUGCAAGGUGUUGAGGAGAUACCAAAAGCUGACGUGAAGUGCACCACCUGGCUGUUUGAAACCACUCCACUGGACAAAAUCACUGCCAACAGCGCUGCUGACACACUUUCCUCUUUGCAUGAAAUGACUUUUAUUCACUCAAGUGGCAUCAUUAUUGAAGCAAAUGAGAGCAGGAAUGUCAACAUGGCAAAAUAUCUGCUUGAAGGCAAUCAAGGUGUGCAAAUCCAGAAAGAGGAGGUUGUUGGGGGUAACAUCAGGAACAUCAUGCUGCAACUGUUACUCAAACCAACCCUCAAUCCACAAGUUACGCUUCUGAGAGAAACUGAAAAAGGCAAAGUUAACACAACAGUAGUUGAGCUUCCAGUCUUCCAGUCAAGCACCACCAUCGACAUCGAGAGAGAUCAAAGAAUACAAAACAUUGCCCAGAUGAUCGAUGACCUGCUUGUUCAAGAUAAGAACUUCAAAAAGGGAAUCGUGAUGCAAGAGACUGCAGAGGGACAUGCGCAGAUGUCCGUUUAUUCGCUCAUCUGUAGUUAUGAGAUGAAAACUGAGAGUCACCUGUCAGAGAGGGGAGAUGUAAAGUCAACAAUUGGAAACCUGUUAGCUACUGCCAACAGUCAGAGGACUGCAACAUUAUGUAGAGUGGACGAAAACGAGAAGGGAAACGUCAAUCUGUACAAAAGCUGCAUUGAGAAAGGAGAGCUGCAUUACCUGAAGAGUCUUCACGCUGAGACAGAAGAUGAAGUUGAUCACAGCUAUUUGGCCAAAGAGCAGAUUGAAACAGUGCAAGGUGGUGUGAGGGAAGCAAAAAGAAGCCUCUGCCAGCAAAAAGAGCAGGUGGAACGAACCAUUUCUGAUGUUCUGCCAGGAGAUGUGAAGAACACCAAGAAAGUUUUUUCAUCAGAAUGUUCUGUCAACAUUGACAACUCUAUGCCAAAGGAAGAAAUAAUCCCUGGAGAUAUCUCAUCAGCAAAGCAACAACUUUCAGUAAAGCAACCUGUGUUUGUUGAAAAAGAGGAGAUUGUGGCCGGAGACAUCAAGGCAACAAUGCAGUCAUUAGAACGUGCGAAGCAACAGAGCAUGUGCGUGGAGCGAGAAGUCUUUACACCUGGAACUAUCUAUGACAUGGACUUGUCAGCUCAAGGUCCAGAAAUUGAAGGAAACCAAGCACAGAAAGAGGUCAUUAUAUCUGGAGACGUGAAAGCAGCUAAAAAGUCUCUAGAAAUGGCGAAGAUGCAAAGCAUGCAUGUGGAUCGGGAGGUUGUUGUUCCUGGAAAAAUAUACAACCUGAAUGUGUCAGCACAAGAGGAAAGUUCUUCAAGAGUGACACAGUCUGCAUGCUCAUCCUCCACCAGAUGCCAGCAAAUCAGGACUUUUCCAAAGGUCAGUGAUGCACAGAGAGAUCAGAAAAGCCAUGUUUCCUUUGAAGCUUGUCAGCAAAAUGCAGUUGUAAUCAGUAAUUGUGCCCCAGAAUCACAUACACCUUUUGUGGGAUGUGAGUUUAAUGGUCAUACAACUGAAGAUGAGGCAGAAGAAGCUAUAAGAGGAGAUGUGAAGGCAGCCAUUAGGUCUCUGCAGAAUGCAGCCACAGAGCAGAAGCUCUUAGAUAAAGAGAAUAUUGUAAGAGGAAAUGUGCAAUUGGCUCUGGAAUCUCUUGAGAAGUCUAGCGUAAAUGUAUCCAAAGGAGACUAUAAAGCUGCAAUGAUAUACAGGAAUUCAGGCAGAGCUUGUUCAGAGAGGAGCAAGACUGUUCACAAGCAGUGUGUUGUGGUGUCUGUGCCUCCAUCUGACACAAAAUUAUCUCCUUCAAUUUCAGUAACCUGUGAAGGACAGCCAUCCAUUACAACAAAGAAUCCAACUCCCAACCCUGUAGCAAAUGGAAACUAUAAAUCACCCAGCUCUGAAAAUGGAAAUCCACCUCUACUCUGUCCAAAGACUGAGAAAUCACAGGAGCAGAAACCAGCUUUACCACCGAAGCCACAGUGGACAAAAUCAGUAGUUGUGGAAGAAUCAAAAACGUUGCCAAGCCCUUCUCUUGAAGUUGCUCACCCUAUUAAAGACAAUGUAAAAAGUGCAGUGAUUCCUCCAAAACAGUUUCCUUCACUGUCUAUAGAUAAGCAACAAGAAACUACAACACAUGGCAAAAUCAGUAAAGAGAACUUACAUGAAACAAACCACAGAAAAUGUAUUGAGGAAGCAGUGCAAGAAUCAAACCAAACCAAUGAACAUCUACUAGUGGCUCAGGAAAACAUGAAGAAAACAGCACCACUUACAGGGAGCAAAUCAGACUGCCAACUGAUCAACAGCAAUGAUGUGGAAAGAGAGAGAAAUGAGAUCAAGAAAAUCAAUGCAGCUGAGGAGAUACAGAUGUGCAUGAAGAGUUAUGCAGAAGAAGGUAAACACGAAAUGAAUUCAAGCUUGCGGGCAGCUCUGCAGAACUUUGAAAGAAAGGACAGCGAGGCAUUGGACAAAAGAGCUUCGUUGUCCAAGAAGGUAAAAGUCACAAAUGAUAAUGUCAAUGACCAUAAAAAAACUGACAACAAACCACAUCUCAAACCUUCCAAAAAUCAACACAACAAGACUGAAGAUAAAGUUGUUUUAAGAGAGAAGAAAGUAAGGGAGACAGAGGACGAAAGACGACAAAGACUUUCUGUCCACAAGGAGGAGAUCAUGAAGGGAAAUGUGAAGGCGGCAAUGGAAAUCUUUGAAAAUUUAAGGAAACGAGAGGAACUCAAAGGAAUCCUGUCUCAGGUGCAAGAAAUCGAAGGCGAGAGCAGCAGCGUAGAUGCCAGCUGCCUGAAGACGUUGUACGAGAACGUCCCUGCUUGGGUGGCUACACCAAGUCGAAAAGCUAAGCAAAGCAAAAUGGAGAAAAAGAAAGUUGAAAUAGAAACACAAGAUGAUGAUCUUGAGAGCAUCUCCUCAGUGGAGACUGCAUUUGAAGAUCUGGAAAAGGCAAGCAAGGAAAUAAUGAAUCUGAAGGAACAGACUUUAACAAAACUGCUUGAAAUUGAAGAAACGAUUAAAAAGGCUUUGUACUCUGUUUCUAAUCUGAAAUCUGAGGCAGACAUUGCAGGGCUGUCGGGGCUGUUUGAUGAAUCUUUAAAAUCUGAGCAAAACCUUCAACCCGCCAACAACAUCAGGAAGAUCAGUAUUGUGUCCAGCAAGGCCAAAUCAGGUCAAAACAAAGAGACGACUGAUGCAAAUCUCCAAACAGAUUUGGAUUCAACCUUUUCCAAAAAAGACGGGCCCAGACAAGUGAGCAAUAAGCCGCUUAUUAGACAGUCAUCCUCCCAGUCUUCCCCAUCGUUCAUCUCCAUUCGCUCUGCUGCCAGAAGGCCCACUGAGCAAGCAAAGCCAACCAUGUCAACUUUCAAACCAAAGACAGAUGAUGCAAACAGUGAUCAGGUUUCUGCUGCUUCAGAGUCUUCAAAAAAUGGUCCACAACGCAAAGUCAGUGUGCUUGAGGUGAAAACUGUUCCAGAGCAACCAGCAGGAAUGAUCGGCAAAAAGACCGUCAGCGAAACAUACGAGGAGACUGACGGCUUUGGCAAUGUUUUUGUUUCUUCUGUAACUUCAACAUUUGUCACCAAACAAUCUGACAGCAAAACAGCUGCUCUGUUCGAAGUAGUAGGGAGUCCAACCAGAUACGAAGUCAUGACAUCCCCAUUAAUGCGAAGAUCUGGCCUCCCUUUUGAAGAUAAAGUGUCGAGCAACACCAAAGAGGAAGGGACGGUGUUUGUAACGUUCAGCCAACCAAAGGAGAAGCAGUAAACAAGCAACUUGUCUGUGUCCUUUAACUUUAGGAAAGCAGUUAUUCCAUUUGUGUAUUUAUCCCAUUAUGUUUUAAUGGAGAGGUUUUGUUAGUUAUUAAACUGAUCUUAUGAAAUAAUGAAAAUGUUGACUUAAAAUUGC